AUUGGUUGGCCACUCAUUCAGAAUAAUUUUGUUUUCCUUAAUUGUUGAAUAACCAUUGGAAUUAAACAUUAAUUGUGAAAAGAAUUUCAAUUUUUCGGUUAAAUGGAAUCAAAAUCGAUUUUUGAUCGAUUUUAUUUAAAAAAAUUUUCCGUUCAAGUGUUGGAUCAUUUUCCUUGAUUGUUUCUGUUAAAUUGUUGUUUCUGUUUUGAUUUUCUGUAUUUUUUUUACUAAUUGUUAAAUUGUGAGUCAACUUGACAGUUAAAUGGCUCCACCAAUCAAGGGAAAUAAAAUAAGUCGUAGUGAUGCUUUGAAAAAGAUUUACUCAACUAGAAUAAAAAAAGCUUAUGAGACAAGUGAUCAUCUUGACUUGAUUGCAGAUAAACAAUUAGUUAAUCGUUUUGAUGGUUAUUCACUUAAAUUGUUACCUUCUAAAGAGCUUGAUGGUCAAACUUUCCAAUGGAUAAUCGAUUUAAUCCAAUCAAAUAUGGAAUCUCUUUUUAAUUCCUGUGUUUGGCGUUGGAAUAGAAGCCAAAAGGAGAAAGAGAUUAAAAAUUCUCAGGCGAUGAUUCUAAUUGUUUACAAUUUAAAGGAUAAUCAACCAGUUGGAUUUACACAUUUUCGAUUUGAUUAUGAUGAGGAUGGUGCUCGAGGUGUAAUCUAUUGUUAUGAACUACAAAUUGACUCAAAUUAUCAAGGGAAAGGAUUAGGUAGCUGGUUAAUGGAUUUACUUUAUGGUUUAAGUGCAUUUGAUUUUCCUAAAUUAAUGUUAACUUGCCUUAAACAUAAUCAACAAGCGAUGAAUUUUUAUCGUAACAAAUGUGGUUACAUGAUUGCUCGAUCUCCAUCAAAAUUUGGCGAAAACGUUUGCUAUGAGAUUCUAAGUUUAAAGGUUAAUCUAAAUUCGUAAGAAAAUCACUCAAAACAAUCAUCAACAUAAAACAAUUUUCUAUUUUUCUAAUUAAACUUUUCCAUCUCAAUCAUCUAA